ACUCCGAAUUUCCCUUCGUUUGGCUUUCAAAGUAUCGUACAAUCUUCGUUUGAGAUGAAAUUUUAAGAUUUUUUUCAGUCAAUUUGUCUUUCCUUUUACAAUAAGAAGUAUUAUUAAACAUUAGUUGAUAUCUUGGAGUGCUUUAGAAUGUAAAAAAGAUGUUGGCAAUCCCAGAAGACGGCUGUGAAAUGAGGUUGCUAGGGACGUCCCCUGGGCUCUCCAAGGAUUACUUUUUAAGUGCAAUGCCAGAUUACUGCCCUCCAAGUUAUUUUGAAGAAGAAAUAGCUGCUGAAGUAAACAUUUCAUGUGGUCCUGAUUUUCAUGAACGAAAUCUUCUGUACAGUGAAUACACCAGCACRUCAUGUGGGACAUCAGUAACAUCUGAUUUCUCUGAAGAUAGCUACUUUGAUAAUGAUGAAGACUUUGAUUUAUUUAAUGAAAAUACAUUUAUUCUUUUCCGUAGGAGUAAAAUGAAUUCAGAAGAUCAGCUGCAGUCAAUAGAAUAUCUUACAAGGGUUGUAUCAACUACACUUGGGCUAAGAGAACAACUGGAUAUUAUUAGAAUCAUUAGUCCUGAUGCUACCGUGUCAUCAACAGACACAGAAUUUUUCAUAGAUCUUGAUGCAUUUAAUGAUAUUAAAUUCCAACAAUUAAAACUGUAUGUCAGUGAACAUGUUUCAAGUAACAGUUGCAAAAAGUGUUCAGAAUCAAGACAAAAACAAAAUUCUAGUAAAGGAUCGCCUUCAUCACAUCCCAAGUAUUCCAAGAGAAAAGCAGCCAAGCCACUCACUACAAAACCAGUGUCUAAAAAGUCUAGAAAAAGUAAAGGRCUACUAUCAAGAAUUCACAGGCAAAUGGAGAAAGAGAAACGUAGUGGUCUCUUUAGUAAGGAAGAGGUUGUAUCAUUGAGCAGGAAAUCCUCUCUAUCAGAAUGUGAAGAAGACAUAGAAGUUGAUAUUCUAUGUUAAAUGGAUUAUUAAUUUACUAUAAUAAAAUAUCUUGACUUUAAA